AUGGCAAGAAAAAGAGUAAAAUUGGCUUUUAUUGUGAAUCAAACCCAAAGAAGAAAGUCGUACAAGAAACGAAAGAUGGGGGUGUUGAAGAUGCUGAAUGAGCUGAGCAUCCUGUGCGGUGUUGAGGCAGGUGCAGUACUGUACAGCUCUUUUGAGCAAGGUCCGGUUGUAUGCCCGAGUGUUGAAGGUAUGCAACAGACCAUUGCCACAUUCAAGAACAUGCCAGAUUUUGCCCAAACUCGAGGAAUGAUGAACCACGACACCUUCCUUGAUGACAGGUUUCUGAAAUUAGGCACUCAGCUUCUCAAUCUGAAGACAGUGAAUAGAGUGACGGAGAUGGCUUUAGUGAUGUUUCAGAUCUUACAAGGACAUCAACUUAAUAUUUCUCUCAGUUCCGAAGACCUUAACGAUUUGGGUUGGGCUAUAAACCUAUAUUUGGCUGAAAUUGAGAAGAAGGUCGAGGCAAUUAUGAAGAAUUCCUCAAUCCCAGCAUCAGCUCCAACUCAGGGAGGGCCCAGCACCUCAACAAAUCCUUAA